AUUUCUGGAGCUCUAAAGAGUUCAGGACCCGGGGAGCUGGGGGAGACCUCUGUCGACUUCCCAGAAGUCCCCUGAGCUCCGUUGCACGGCCGUUGCCGGGAGCCCCCAGCCCGCAGUCUGUCGCUAGGGCGGGACGCGGUCGGUUGCCUAGGCUCCAGGGGCGGUGGCCGCGCGGCCGCUCCAAUCACCUUCCAGCCGAGAGAUCGUGGACCAGCCCUGGAAAAGUUACUGCGGAUUCCCCAGGCCGGGCGGGCCGGCGAACCCAGGAACGCAGCCCCGCCGCGACGCGGGUCACAGUCUCUGGACCGGGCGUCGGAUGCGUCGGGGGCGAGUGCUCAGGGGCCCACGGAACCGAUCCGGACCUAGCCCGCCCGCCCGGCCAUGGCGACCUCGGGGCUCCUGGUGACCGGUGCCUCCUUCGCAGCCUUCCGGGGGCUGCACUGGGGGCUGCAGCUGCUGCCCACGCCGGCAUCUGCGGCUCGGGACCGUUGGAAGUGGCAGAACAUCUGUGUCUCCCUGGUGCACAGCCUUCUCACGGGGCCCGGGGCGCUGCUCGGGCUGUUGCUAUACCCUCAGAUGGCCGCCGACCCCAUUCAUGGCCACCCGCCCUGGGCCUUGGUGCUGGUGGCUGUAUCUGUGGGUUAUUUCCUGGCUGAUGGAGCUGACAUGCUGCUGAACCAGACCUUGGGCCAGGCCUGGGAUCUUCUCUGUCACCAUUUGGCGGUAGUGAGCUGCCUCGGCACCGCCAUUCUGUCCGACCACUAUGUGGGCUUCUCCGUGGUGUCUCUGCUCCUCGAGCUGAACUCCGCCUGCCUGCACCUAAGAAAGUUGCUGCUGCUUUCUCACCAGGCCCCAUCCUUGGCCUUCAGUGUGGCCAGCUGGGCCACCCUGGCCACCCUGGCCCUCUUCCGCCUGGCACCACUGGGGUGGAUGAGUCUGUGGUUGCUCCAGCAGCACCACCAGGUGCCUCCUGCUCUGGUUGUCCUUGGUGGCACCGGGCUGGCCACUGUGGGAGCCAUGAGCAUCUCACAGGGUGUUCGCAUUUUGAUCAGUGAUGUCCUGCGGCCUCGGCCUCAUUCAUCCAACCCUGGGCACAGGGAAACUAGGGUCACCAGGACAUGCAAUGGGGAGCCUGCCACCAAGGAUGGUUCCCCUCUCGGCCUGAAAGACUAGGGAGAAGCCUUGGGUUCUUCUUCUGCCACUCUUGCGGGAGCUCGGACCGGGACAAGGAGAUGAUGAUCUUCAAUGCACAGCCCCCCACUGGGGUAAGGACUGGACUGGAUUUUCAGUAUCUCGGUUCCUCUUCCAGCAAGUUCAUACCCCUCCCCCACGCCUAGGAUCUGAGAAGCAAUGGUAAUGUUGGUGGGUGGCUGGGAGUCUGGGCUAACGUUCAUUGCAUUUCAUCACCAGAUAACGUUCAUUGCAUUUCAUCAUCAGAUAAUUAGUCCUCUCCAGAAAACUAAUUCAAGAGGUACAGCCAGGGCUACCAAUAAAGGGUGGCAGGACCCAUGAGACUGAACGUACCUGGCAAGGGGAACAGAAACCCUUUGCUUUAGCACAGGGACAGAUGAGGGAAGGCGAAGUCUCACUAGGAGUAGAGAUCUGGUAUGGAGGGGGUAAGGCCAGAGGGAAGAGAGAUCUCACCUAUGACCAAAUUCUGGCAGUGGGAGGAGAACACCACGGGUGCUAUCUGUAGCCAGUAGUUAUAUAGACAUACCAGCUGCUAAGAGACCAAAGACCUGGGUCAUGGAGAUUGCUGCUGAUAUUUCUGGUUCUCAAAACCCCACUGUUGUGUUGGUACUUAACCUGAGUCCUACUGUGUCCAGCAUCUGCCUUUGCGAAAUUUAUUUUUAGAAUAUCUUGACCUUUUCGAAGAAAAGGCAUAUUCUUAGAGGAAUGAACAUGAGGCUAGGUCUCUCUUCUUAGGACAGAGCCGGAGUAGGGACUCAAACACCCAUUCUGGGUGCACAGUGUAGGGCAGUGGUUCUCAACCUUCCUAAUGCCACGACCCUUUAAUACAGUUCUUCAUGUUGUGGUGACCCCCGACCAUAAAAUUAUUUUCGUUGCUACUUUGUAACUGUAAUUUUGCUA